UAGAGAACACUGCAUUAAUUGUUCGCAUAAAUUUUCAUGUAAUGUGUUAUGAAAUGAUUCAGAUUAAUCCUGAACAGCAGAAAGUUUCAACACAUAUAAACACAUACAAGCAUAGUAUUUUUUAAAUGUACCAUUCAUAAAAAAGGUUAAACCACUUGUCAAACUGUCAAAACAACAAUAGUGUAUGAACUCUCAAAAGCAUAAAAAUGUCCUUUUUACGUGGUUCAGCUAAUUUUGUUUGGUGCACCACUAGUGUUCUUGGUAAAGGAGCAACUGGUGCAGUUUUUCAAGGGGUGAAUAAAAACAAUGGAGAACCUGUCGCGGUUAAGACGUUCAAUCAGCUGAGUCAUAUGCGCCCACAUGAUGUGCAAAUGCGAGAAUUUGAAGUCCUUAAAAAAGUAAAUCAUGAGAAUAUUGUUCAACUAUUAGCAAUUGAAGAGGAGCAAGAUGGUCGUGGCACAGUGAUUGUUAUGGAACUUUGUACAGGGGGCAGUCUUUUUAAUAUUUUAGACGAUCCAGAAAAUACUUAUGGGCUAGCAGAAAGCGAAUUUUUGUUUGUCUUGGAACAUUUAACUGCUGGAAUGAAACAUUUACGUGACAAUAAUUUAGUACAUAGAGAUUUAAAACCUGGUAACAUAAUGAAAUUUAUUGCUGACGAUGGUAGCACAAUUUAUAAACUUACUGAUUUUGGUGCUGCCAGAGAAUUACAAGAAGAUCAACAAUUUGUAUCUUUAUAUGGUACAGAAGAAUACUUACAUCCAGAUAUAUAUGAACGUGCAGUUUUACGUAAACCUGUUGGCAAAACAUUUGGAGCAACUGUAGACCUAUGGUCUAUAGGUGUAACUCUGUAUCACGUAGCUACAGGAAACUUACCAUUUAGACCAUUUGGUGGUCGUAGAAAUAAAGAAACAAUGUUUUAUAUUAUAUCAAAAAAAGCCUCUGGUGUUAUAUCAGGUAUACAAACUUCAGAAAAUGGACCAAUAGAAUGGAAUAGAGAAUUGCCACAAAAUUGUCAGUUGAGUGUUGGUUUAAAAAAAAUUGUAACUCCAUUAUUAGCUGGCUUACUAGAAGUUGAUCCUCAGAAAAUAUGGAGUUUUGAACGGUUUUUCUCUGAAGUUACAGAUACUCUUUGCAGAAAACGUGUAUAUAUAUUUAACAUACAUAAAGGUAGUCUAGUAAAAGUUUUCUUGCAUCCUGAAGAAAAAUUGACAGCACUUCAAGUACACAUACAAGAUCAAACUGAUAUUGUACCACAUGCACAGAUACUUCUUUUUGGAGAUACAUUUUUAACAAACAUUGUAGAAGAAUCUACUCCUGGGAAAAGUUACCCAAAUACAUCUGAAAGCAAGCCACUAAUGCUAUUUUCUAAAGAAAACAAUAAUGUUAAUUUGCCUGUGGAUGCAGAAUUACCUAAAUUUCCAGUAUUUGCAAACUUAGUGUCUGUAGAAAAUGAUGCUAGUCAAGCAAAAGUAGCUUGUUCAGUUGGCUAUGUCUGUAAAAGAAGAAUUGACAAACUAGUAUUAUGUAGUAAAUUAUCACAGGAUGCAAUAGAGGCUUUUAGUGGUCUUGUCUCUGCAGAACUCACAAGAUUAUUAGAAAAAUGUCAACAUUCUAAAGAGUUUACGAAAGCUAUAGAAGAUACAGCUAUAGCAGUAGAAAGAAGUGAAAAUCUUGCUUGGAAAGUUUCUAGAAAGCUUGGAAAUCAAAAUACCUUAGAAGUAAAAAAUUGGAAAAAGGAGUUGGACUCAAAAAGUAAAGAGCUUUUAACUGAAUUAGCUCCUGCAGUAAUGCAGCUUCACCAGAGAUAUGUAAAAGAAGGCAGUUUACGAGGUGAAUGGGAUAACAUUAUUCGUGGAUUAUGGUGUCCAUGGGUUAAUAAAGCAAGUCAAAAGGCAACAACGUUAGUUGAUCGCUUGCGAGAUGGUUGGCAACAUUUAUUAAGGGACCGAGCUACCCGUAGUCUUACAUAUAAUGAUGAGCAGUUUCAUGUUCUAGAACGAAUAAAGGUUACCGAAACAGGUCAAAGAAUAAAAACUCUUCUUGAAACAUUUUGUAUACCCUCUAUGAUAAGUCGAUCUGAAUGUGUUGCUGAUUGGUACAAAAUGGCACAAACGGUCUUCCUACAAACUCAAAUUUUAGAUAAAGAUGUAGAUAUAUAUGAACACAUAUUAGAAACAUUUUCAUAUCGUUUAUCUCAAGAAAGCAAGGAACGUUACGAAAACUUUUUACAUUUAAUAGACAGACUUCCAAGGAAGUUAAAGACGGUGGAGAAAACUAAUUUGCCCGCUCAAGAAAAUACAAAAAUAUGGAAAGAUAUUUGUGUAAUGCACGAACAAAUUGCAAUGAUUGUGGAUAGGAAUGGUUUACUUAUAGACCAACUUGACCGUUUAUCAACACUUGAUAAUCUUGAAGAUACAGAUGAUUCUGAGUAUACAUCACUUUAG